GCUCGAGCGCAGAUGCUGGGAGGUGUGCCUGAGCCAGCGCCAGUUCUCCCCACCUGCAGCCCCGGCCCGAUGGGGUGGUGACCCUCCCCUCCCCGCUCCGGCGCCAUGUGGCCCAACGGCACAUCUCUGGGGCCCUGUUUCCGGCCAACCAACAUCACGCUGGAAGAGCGGCGCCUGAUCGCCUCUCCCUGGUUCGCCGCCUCCUUCUGCCUGGUGGGCCUGGCGUCCAACCUGCUGGCCCUGAGCGUGCUGGCGGGUGCACGGCAGGGCAGUUCACACACCCGGUCCUCCUUCCUCACCUUCCUCUGCGGCCUGGUGCUCACCGACUUCAUGGGGCUGCUGGUCACCGGCGUGAUCGUGGUGUCCCAGCAUGCCAUCCUCUUCGACUGGCACGCGGUGGACCCCAGCUGCCGCCUCUGCCAGUUCAUGGGCGUCAUCAUGGUCUUUUUCGGCCUCUGCCCGCUGUUGCUGGGGGCAGCCAUGGCCUCGGAGCGCUACCUGGGCAUCACCCGGCCUUUCUCGCGCCCCACGGUGGCCUCGCAGCGCCGGGCCUGGGCCACGGUGGGGCUGGUGUGGGCGUCGGCGCUGGCGCUGGGCCUGCUGCCCCUGCUGGGUGUGGGCCGCUACACAGUGCAGUACCCCGGCUCCUGGUGCUUCCUCACUCUCGGCGCCCAGCCCGGGGAUGUGGCCUUCGGCCUGCUGUUCACGCUCCUCGGCAGCUUCUCGGUCGGGCUGUCCUUCCUGCUCAACACGAUCAGCGUGGCCACUCUCUGCCACGUCUACCACGGGCAGGAAGCCGCCCAGCAGCGCCCGCGGGACUGCGAGGUCGAGAUGAUGGCUCAGCUCAUGGGCAUCAUGGUGGUGGCCAGCAUCUGCUGGAUGCCGCUGCUGGUCUUCAUCGCUCAAACAGUGCUGCGCAGCCCUCCCGCCAUGAGCCCCACCGGGCAGCUGUCCCGAGCCACUGAGCAGCAGCUGCUCAUUUACCUGCGCGUGGCCACCUGGAACCAGAUCCUCGACCCCUGGGUGUACAUCCUGUUCCGCCGGGCCGUGAUCCGGCGCCUCCACCCUCGCCUCAGCACCCGGCCCAGGUCGCUGUCCCUGCAGCCGCAGCUCACCCAGAGAGGCACGGUGCAGUAG